AUGAGAAUUCUCUGCGUCGCUGAGAAGCCCUCUAUCGCGAAAGCCGUUGCAGGCCAUCUCUCAGGUGGUCAAGUUCAAAGUCACAAUACACCUGAGAAGUACAUCAAGAAUUAUGUCUUUGAUUACGACUUUGGGCGUCCCUGGGGCCAGUGUCAGGUUACGAUGACCUCUGUAUUAGGCCAUCUCACUUCUGCUGAGUUCCCUGCCGACUACAAGAAAUGGGAGUAUCCACCCCCCGAGAGUCUGUUUGAUGCGCCUGUGAACAUAGUCGUCUCAGAUGACAAGAAGAAGGUAGCAGAGAACAUAGAAAAGCAAGCACGAUAUGCUAAUGCAUUAUGCAUAUGGACGGAUUGUGACCGAGAGGGUGAGCACAUAGGGCAUGAGAUUUGCGAGGCCGCUAAGAAAGGCAACCGAACCCUUGAUAUCAAAAGAGCAAGGUUCAGCAACAUCGAAAGAGCGCAUAUAUUGAAUGCGUCUCGCAAUCUUAUCAAUCUCGACCACAAACAGGUGAACGCUGUAGCCUCUCGGAUUGAACUGGAUCUCAGGAUAGGUUAUGCUUUUAGUCGGUUUCUAACCACAAAUAUCAGGAGCUUAGGAGGACUUUUCUCGGAGCUUGUGAUAAGUUAUGGAUCUUGCCAAUUCCCAACUCUAGGGUUUGUGGUGGAUAGAUAUUUCAAAGUAAGAAAUUUCAAGCCCGAAUCGUUUUGGGCCAUCAAAGUCAUGCACAAACGAGAGGGUAUAGAUGUCCACUUUAGUUGGUUACGACAUCGUCUAUUUGAUAGGGCAUCAGUUAUCACUCUUUACGAAAGAUGUCUCACGGCAAAGACGGCCGAGGUAGUCAGGGUCCAGGAGAAGCCGACAAAGAAAUUGAGGCCACUACCAUUAACUACGGUUGAGUUGCAAAAGAUGGCGACAAUAUUUCUACAUAUGACGGGUCAGCAAGCGAUGGAGACCGCAGAGCACCUUUACAAUAAGGGAUUCAUCAGUUAUCCCAGAACGGAGACAGACCGGUUUGACUCCGGUAUGAAUCUUCGCGCAUUGGUGCAGAAACAGAUACAGUCUAGUUCCUGGGGAGGAUUUGCACAGAAUCUAGUCGACGGUGGGUUUCAGCAACCACGGCAAGGGCGUAAUGAUGACAAGGCACAUCCUCCAAUUCAUCCAAUCACCUUUGCAUCGCCAUCCGUUCUUAACGAUAGGGAGAAGAAGCUCUACGAAUUCGUCGUCAGGCGGUUUCUAGCUUGCUGCUCAGAAGAUGCCAAAGGUGUUGCUACGGAUGUUGAUAUUCAAUUCGGAGAGGAAUCAUUCCACGCCCACGGCGUUGUCGUAUUAGAGCGGAAUUACUUAGAGGUGUAUGUGUAUGAUAAGUGGACUGGGACAGCACAGCUUCCCAAAUUCACAGUUGGGGAGCGCUUCGAGCCCACUGAAGCUCUCAUGACGGAGGGGAAGACUGCACCUCCAAACUACCUGACUGAGGCAGACUUGAUUGCCCUCAUGGAUGCUAACGGGAUUGGAACUGACGCCACGAUGGCCGAGCACAUCCAGAAAAUUCAAGACAGAUCAUAUGUCCGUCUAGUGCCCCGGACCGGGCAGGCAGCGGAGGACGGAGAUGAAGGGGCUAAUGCCCCGGCAGCACGAGGAGGGCGCGGUAGCCGUGGCGGCCGCAGCCGAGGCGGAGGAAAUGCUACCGGUGGGAGAAAAGGGGUGAUGGAGUUUAUUCCUACUCAGCUAGGUGUGGCUUUAAUCGAAGGAUUUGAUCGGAUGAAUUUCGAGACUAGCCUUGGAAAACCAUUUCUAAGGAAGGAGAUGGAAUCAAAAAUGAAGGCUAUCUGCGAUGGGCGUGCGACAAAGGAGGCUGUUCUAAACGAAAGCAUUCAGCAAUACCGACAGGUCUACAUGCAAUCAAAACAGAAACUAGAUGUUCUCAUGGCGGCCUGUCGGCAAUAUCUUCAGCAACGUGGUGGAUGA